GCAGCUGUUGUGUUCGUACGAGCCGACGAGCCCGGUCGUCGGCUCGUACUUUCGUGUGGUUUUCUCCUCAGUCACUGUCGCACGGACCCUCGGCCCGGCGCCUGACCAGCCACAGCCGACGAGAAACGUUAGAGAAAUGUGUCACCCGUGUGCGGAGGAGGCGAGAGACACCAGCUUUAAUAAAACAGAUAAACCAUCAUGAUUCCCAUCACAGAGCUCCGGUACUUUGCUGACACCCAGCCAGCAUACCGUAUUCUGAAGCCAUGGUGGGAUGUUUUCACCGACUACAUCUCAAUCGUCAUGCUGAUGAUUGCAGUGUUUGGUGGUACACUGCAGGUCACACAAGACAAGAUGAUCUGCCUGCCUUGCAAGUGGGUGGUCAACAAGUCAUGCGAGACCAUGCCUGUCCCAAACAGGACCACCCCCUAUGCAGUGGAACCCAAAGGAAUUCAGUAUGACCUCGACCGUCAUCAGUAUAAUUAUGUCGAUGCUGUCUGCUAUGAGAACGAACUACACUGGUUUGCCAAAUAUUUUCCCUAUCUGGUGCUACUCCACACCCUCAUCUUCUUGGCCUGCAGCAAUUUCUGGUUCAAGUUUCCCCGCACAAGCUCUAAACUUGAGCACUUUGUUUCCAUCCUUCUCAAGUGCUUUGACUCUCCGUGGACAACAAGGGCUUUGUCUGAGACCGUGGUGGAGGAGAGCGAUCCCAAACCUCUCGGAAAAAUGAAUGGUUCAAUGGACAAGAAGGCCUCAUGUGUGAGCGAGGAUGUUGAAGCUAGCGUGCCCAUGCUUCAACGAACAAAGUCCAGAAUUGAACAAGGAAUAGUAGAUCGCUCUGAAACUGGGGUUUUAGAUAAAAAAGAAGGGGAGCAGGCUAAGGCCCUUUUUGAGAAGGUGAAGAAGUUCAGGAUCCAUGUAGAGGAGGGUGAUAUAGUCUACCGUCUUUACAUACGUCAGACCAUCAUUAAAGUAAUCAAGUUUAUACUGAUAAUUAGCUACACAGCCUACUAUGUACAUUACAUCAGAUUCAGUGUAGUGUGCGCCGUGAACCUUCAAAAGCUAACAGGGUACAGCACGUUCUCUUGUGCCCACCCGUUAGCAACACUUUUCAAGAUUUUGGCCUGUUUCUACAUCAGCUUGGUAGUGGUUUAUGGUCUUAUCUGCAUGUACACUCUGUGUUGGAUGCUCAGCCGCUCCCUCAAAAGAUACUCCUUUGAAUCAAUCCGGGAGGAGAGUAGCUAUAGUGACAUACCUGAUGUGAAAAACGACUUUGCCUUCAUGCUACACAUGAUAGACCAGUAUGACCCUCUCUACUCCAAGCGCUUCGCUGUUUUUCUGUCGGAGGUGAGCGAGAACAAGCUGAGGCAGCUGAAUCUGAACAAUGAGUGGACGUUGGAGAAGCUGAGGCAGCGCAUCACCAAGAACUCUCAGGAUAAGCUGGAGCUGCAUCUGUUCAUGCUCAGUGGGAUCCCAGACACAGUAUUUGAUCUGAUAGAGCUCGAAGUGCUCAAGCUGGAGCUUAUCCCCGAUGUAACUAUCCCACCAAUCAUCGCCCAGCUUUCCAACCUGAGAGAGAUGUGGCUCUAUCACACACCAGCUAAAAUUGAGGCCCCAGCAUUGGCCUUCCUGAGGGAAAACCUGAAGUCUCUUCACAUCAAGUUCACUGACAUCAAAGAAAUUCCUCUGUGGAUCUAUAGCCUGAAGAAUCUUAGUGAGCUGCACCUAACUGGGAACCUGAGUGCUGAGAACAAUCGUUACAUCGUUAUUGAUGGGCUCAGAGAGCUCAAAAGGCUCAAAGUUCUACGUCUGAAAAGCAACUUGACCAAGCUGCCGCAAGUAGUGACAGAUGUGGGCGUGCACCUCCAGAAGCUCUCCAUCAAUAACGAGGGUACCAAGCUGAUGGUGCUCAACAGCCUGAAGAAAAUGGUCAAUCUGACAGAGCUCGAGCUUGUUCGCUGUGAUCUUGAACGCAUUCCUCACUCCAUCUUUAGUUUGCACAAUCUGCAGGAGAUUGACCUGAAGGACAACAAUCUGAAGACAAUAGAGGAGAUCAUCAGCUUCCAGCACCUGCACCGGCUUGUGUGCCUGAAGCUGUGGUACAACCAGAUUGCCUACAUCCCCAUUCAGAUCGGAACACUUACCAACCUGGAGAGGCUGUAUCUAAACAGGAACAAGAUUGAGAAAAUCCCCAGCCAGCUUUUCUUCUGUCGCAAGCUCCGCUUCUUAGACCUGAGUCACAACAAUCUGACCAGCAUCCACGCUGAUAUAGGCUUCCUCCAGAACCUGCAGUACUUCGCUGUGACAGCAAACAGGAUUGAGACUUUGCCCCCAGAGCUGUUCCAGUGUAAGAAGCUGCGUACUCUGAAUCUGGGAAACAACUGCCUGCAGACGCUGCCAUCACGCUUCGGAGAACUCACCGGGUUGACCCAGCUGGAGCUGAGAGGGAACCGUUUGGAGUGUCUCCCGGUGGAGCUCGGCGAGUGUCGGCUGUUGAAAAGGAGCGGUCUGGUGGUGGAGGAGGAUCUGUUCAACACACUGCCAUCAGAAGUCAAAGAGCAGCUUUGGAGGGCUGAUAAAGAGCAAGCUUGAGCCAAACCUCAGUGGUGAGCUGCAAAUCAGAGAAGCUUGAUUUGAGAAACAAACGAGCAGUGAUUUUGUUUAUCGAGAGAGGCAAACCUUGAGAGGUUUGAAGCAUUGUUGGCCAUGUGGGCUCAGAAAAGUGAUGAGGCUUCCCUGACAGGAUCUCUAAAAGCAUGGAUGUCAAAUUUCAAGACCUCCAAGGAUGUCCCUUUGGAAAUCACUAGGUUCAUGGUUGUCAAGGAAAAAAAUCUCAUAACCAAGCUUGGCGAUGAAUGGCGGUUUAGUAAUGUGGCUUUCUGUAUUUCAUCCUAAAUAUCAAGCUGCAAGGAUGCAAGCCGGUGAUGUCGAAUAUGCAUGCCACAGUAGGACCUAUCUAAAGCAAACCUGUUUAUUGGAAAGAGCCAAAAAACAGAAAAAAACUUUGCACGAUUCAGCUUUGCCAGUGAGCUAAACACGCUCACUAUCACUUCUCUGCUGGCCGUGGGAUACAUGCACAAAUUGAACAUGCUUAAAGCAGUGUUUGCCUGACAUUCCUCUGGCCUUGAGACUCAGAAUUUUACUUUUGAAAUUUUUACAGUUACAUUUGCAGUUGUGUUGCAGUGUGACUCAGAAUACUGGCAUAUACUAGGAAAAAAAAAUUGGGCCACUGACAUUCAAUUUGUUGAGGCAUGAAGGCUUGGCCCUUUUUGUUUUUUUUCAGGCUCUCUGUAUGCUCAACAUGCUUGGAGGCAUCUUUUUAUGCCAACAAAAUGACUCUGUAACUAAGAUCAGCAGAUCAUUCCACAGGUGAUCUCACAGCUUAGGCCUUAACUUAGAAGACAGAUGAAACAACAUCAAAGAAAAGCUGUCAAAUACUUGGAGGAAACAAUGGGAACAAACUCUACAGUACAAUGUCUAAAUACCCUGCAGUCGUUAAUUUAUGAUGUUGGCCUGUGGGCAGGCUAUUUUUUACCUGUAUGAGAGCUGUGGAGCUAUGGUGGAGAAAUGCACCAUUCUUCUUGGACUCUUUAUUUUGCUUCACAAAACAUCAUGUCUUACUUAGGCAUGUGAGGUGAGCUUUACUUUAUUUUGCAUGACUAAACAUCACAUACAUUACUGAUGUGUCUUAUUAAGGUAUGGGAAAGGGGCUUCAUAUCAAUGCAUAUGGGCCAGUCGAAACAAAGUCAAGAAUUUAUUUUGACUCCAAGAUAAAUAAUUUGGUGCUUUGAAAUGCUACCACAGACCGGUAUCAUGUGAAUCAAGCUGCAAUGUGAUUGGUUUAAAAUUCAAGUAAUAUGAAUAAUAUAUAAUAUGAAAAUUCAGUGAGUGACUGAAUGCCACAAAGUAAGAAUUUAUUUUAAGCUUAUUAUAGAAGAUGUACCUGUAGUCGGAGAUCUUAAGUGACCUUUGUUCAAUUGAAGGCUAAUAUAUGUUGCUUCACUGACGAGAUUGUAACUACACAAUGUGUCCAGCCUGCUCACAUAAAGUUUGCCAUCCCUGUAUCAAAGCUACAGAGACAAAAACAUUCAGGCAACUCCCAGUCACAGUUGAUUUCUUUUGUCAUUAGCAAAAUCAAAACACGUGCAAGGUUGCACAAUGCUAAUCAUACAACCGCUAGAUAAUGUAGACCAAUGAAAGGAGUAAGAAUCAAGGUACUUUUAUGGUCAGUAGGACUUUGAAUAAGGAGCCCUUAGUUGAUUAUUACUUACAUGACACCUCCAAGUUGAUGAACUGCAGAUGUGAGACUGGAGAGUCUUAACUAGCUGCCAGGUACUGCCAGUCUGAAAAAGAGAAGUGUUUAGGUUAGUGACUCAAGUGCCCUGCUUUUUGUAUGCUAGCCCUUCUUACAUUUACCCCACUCAGUUUACUCCAGGGAAAAGUGGAUAUUUGUCAGCAACCUUGUUUACUCAUUCAAGAGCAAAAAUUAGGACAAACAGGAAAUUACAGAGUGAAGGAAACUGGGUCUGACUGACCUACACAAGGGAAACAUUUAUUUGCAGAGAGAGUAUGCGGAGUAUGUGACUUCCACAUGCAUGGUCCAAAUUAGUGCAACAGCGCUUUGUCUGCUUGAAACACUUUUCUUGUUAAGACCUUGGAUUUAAUAGCAUCAUUUGGAGUAUACCUGCUCUGUUUUCUUCAGCCAGGCCUCUCUUGCUUCUAAUAUGGCCUUACCUUUUACGAGCCGUAUGCCCUGUUAAUUGAUGAUCAGAAACAUCACGUUCACAACUUGUUUUUUCAUGUGUUGUAAAAUGUACAGCUGACAAUUUAAUGUCUUUAUUUCAUGCAUAUCAGUCAUACGCUAUGUGUUCUUAUUGUUACCAGCUGUUUCUUUGUUUUCACUUUAGCCAUCCAAGAGUUUCAAGGGAAGAUUCACUGUAAUAAUACAACUGCACCUUUGUUCACAGCUAAUUUUGUAUCACUGAGGCCUUGGCUAAAUGCCCUUCAAGGGGUCACUAGUAGAGUGCUCCGCACACAGUCUUAAGGUGCAGUCCUGUUGUCUUUAAUGUGUUGACUAGCAACCGGUUUUAAAGUUGGAAGCAAAGCAAAGUUGAGCACAAAGUGGAACCGCAGAGAUAGGCAGUAAUUCAAAGGAAAGAUCAGCUUUUUCUGCAUGUGUAAAAUUUUUUAAACAUAAUUAUUUUAAGUGGCAUGUCCAUUUUGAUAUAUAUCUGCUCUAGUUUCAUUUUUUUUUUUUUUGUGCCAAGAAAGAGCAAAAACAUGUUUUUUAUUACAUUCUGCAGAUACUGACCAUUGACCUGUUUGGAUGCCAAACAAUGAGAGCAAAUAGUCAAGUAAUUGAAGCACUAGCACAUUAAACUGCAAAAAUACAUACUUUAUAAGGCAGUAACAUGGCUCAUUGUAGUGGUGCAGUGCAGUGCAGUGCAGAGUGUCAAAUUAGGAUGUUGGAACACUACACAUCAGUUAUUGUUUCAAGUGUAUUUUGGCCUUAACUUGCUGGUCAUGUUAUUAGAGGUUGGAUAAUCACAGCCAAAAACUCAAUUAGCUCUUGGAGUUCAAGAGUGCCAUAGAAAUCUUUCUCAGGGCAUCACUGGGAGCUUAUUCACACCUUACCACAGUAGCUGGAUUUGCUAAAAUUCCCAUACAGAUAUUGAUGCAUUCAUAUAUCAGGCAGCCUCUUUCCAUUUUCAGUCAUACUACGUCAGCAUCAUGAAACAUCUGUAAGUCACCCAAAUGUCUCUGAGUCACAUUUAUUCCUGCAAACAAAAGGAUUUAUAUCCACAAAUAUUUUUGGUCAGGAAUUGCCUCUGUUGCUUUUUUCCUGACCUCCAGAGCUAUGACUACAGCCAUAUGCAGUCCCUCACAGUCACUUCCCUCUGAGUCACGAGUCGAGUUGAGCGGUCCAACUCCCUUUCCUGUACGUCAGCGUCAGUGAAUUAGUGUGAAGGUCUGAGAUGAGGUCAGUCAGCCACUGCAAAGCACCAAAAGGAGGAAGUUUUAGUGACUAAUUAAAUACCCCUUGACUACAAGGAAUCUCUAGCACUUUAAUUAGUAUCAUGGCUCAUCUAAACACAUCCAGUAGCCUCAAUCAGUACUUUUAAAAGCUUUAUUUCAUUCUGUGUAAAUGUGCUAAAAUACUUUUUGUUUUCACUUUUGCGUUCUCUCUCGAAUUUAUGUUAAAGUAUGAAAUAUCGAAAACGUGCUUCUGUUUGUGUGAUUAUGUAUGCCAUAAGUAGUGUAGAUUGUGUGAAAUAGCAUGAUUGAUCAACUUAUUCUUACACAGAAUUAACUCAAUCGGUUCCACAGAGGGUUUCACAGAGGUUUUGACGGUGAGUUGCUGAUUUCUUUGGAUGCAGCUCCUGUCCCCAAAAACGAGACAGGAUUUCACAACUGAACAGAAACAACUCUUGACAAUCUAACAUACUGUAAAUGGAGGCGAGCUCACCUUCCACUGUGAGCUUUCUGUGUAACAGUACACAUCAUCUGUUAAUAUCUGUAAUACUUCUGAAGAGUGUACAGUUUUGGACGGUCACAUACUGUUUCACUUGAACUCAAGAAAAUCACAUUAUUCAAAAAAACUGCCAUGAUUGCAUUGCAUUUACGUCUAAUCUCUACCUAUGUAUAAAAAUGUUUUUUUUAAAUACAUGAUUGUAUUGACUAUGUAUGAUAAAUUCAUCUGUAUUCUGAUGCCUGUAGAUCAGGGAUAAAUGAAAACAGUUUGUCGGUUUCCCCUUUUUGGGGUUUCAUAUCCAUUUCCUUUUUGCAGCAUGAGUUUGUUGAUGCUGAACUUGUGUGCAUUUUAGCCGUACUGAAAGCCACCCACUUAACCGUUAACAACAGUCAUUGCUGAAUGUAAGCCUGCAAGUUGGACGGACAGACUUGUUUUGAUUUGCACUGUCUGUAUCACACAUGACAAGGCCUUUAUUAAUUAAUUGUCGCCAAGUGAACACUGGCUUUUUAAGCGGGACGUCUGUAUCAAUGACCAACUGAACUUUGAUUUCUUAAUGUUCAGACCCUACUUUUGUACCGUUCUGACACAUGAUAUUAAAAUAA